AUGUCCAGCUCCUUUGAAAAGUCUGUCAAGGGCGCCACCAAGAUCAAGAAUGCGCCCCCCAAGGCAAAGUACAUUGAGCAUCUCCUGAUUGCUACGCACUCGGGAGAGGCCGGCGUCGGCGAAGUCUUUCGGGCCAUGCACUACCGCCUCCGGGAUUCUACCUGGACCGUUGUGCUCAAGGGCCUCCUGACUGCCCACCUGAUGAUUCGUGAGGGGGCUCAGGAAGUCACUCUCGCCUAUCUGUCGAAGCAUCGUAAUAUGCUCGCUAUUAGCAGCUUCACCGACGCGCAGACACAGGGCCGGAACAUUCGGCGCUACGCCAACUACCUCACCGAACGAGCGCGCGCCUAUCGCGAUACUAAGAUUGAUUGGGUCAGGUCUGGCGAUGGGCGUCUGGAAAAGCUGAGCGUUGACAAGGGCCUUCUUCGUGAAACGGAGUCGGUACUGCACCAACUGGCAGCUUUGCUCAAGUGUGAUGUUUUGGACUCGGAAGGCGAAACCGAUAUAACACUUUCGAUCUUCAAGCUCCUGGUCCUGGAUCUACUAAGCCUCUUCCAGUGUCUCAAUCAGGGUCUCAUUAACAUCCUUGGUCGGUUCUUCGAAAUGUCCAAAACCGAUGCCGAGCGUGCCAUGGAGAUUUAUCGAAGCUUUUCCAAGUACACCGACUACGUUGUUCAAUAUCUUUCGGUCGCGCGACAAUACGAGUACCGCACUGGUGUCCAGGUUCCUAAGCUCACACACGCACCAGUCAACCUCGGCCGCCAAUUGGAAGACUACCUGAAUGAUGCCGACUUUGAUGUCCAUCGCAGACAGUAUCUCGCGGAGCAAGACUUCAAGAAGGGAGGCAAAGACAAGGAUGCGUUUGAUCUUCCUAAACCACCCCGAUCACCUACGGGCCGAGCAAGCAGUGCGCAAAAUUCAAGCAACCCAUUCCCCGCACCGCCCAAGGAUGCACCCAAGACGGCAGCCAAGGGUCCUGACCCCGAUCUCAUUGACUUUUUUGGCUCUAUCGAGCAAAACCAAACGACUAUGCAUGUCAACACACCACCCAGUGCGCCAGGUCAGAACAUGUUUCAGCCUCCUCAGCAGCCCCAGCAGCUCGAGCUUCAGCCCACGGGAUUCGUCAACCCUGCGGCGAGCUUUCCUCUGGCCAACAAUCAAUUCCAGCAGCAACAGAACAUGUUCCAACAGCCGGCGCAGCAGCAACCCGCACCUCUACAGUCAAACUUUACCGGUGCCGGCUUUGGCGGCUUCACGCCGCAACCGCAAAACAACUUUCAGCCCGGCUCCCUGGGGCCUAUUCCCCAAAACGGGACGGCCAAUUUUCAGGGCCAGAACUUCAUACAACAGCCUCCGCAGCAGCCACAGAUGCCGGGUCAGUUGAUGCCCAUGCAGACUGGCACCACCAAUCCCUUUAGACAAUCGAUGAUGAUGGCGCAGCCAACCGGCAUGCAAAACUUUAUGAACCAGCAGCCAAUGCAGCAGCAGCAGCCUCAGCCUCAGCCUCAGCAACCCCAGCAAACAGGCUUUGUCGCUCCUGCUCUGAACCGACAGUCGACAAAUCCCUUUGCCAAGUCUGUGUCCCCCACCAACAACAACUCGCCGUUCCAGUCGCAGGCGCCCGCUCCGCUGCAAGCCACACCGACAGGUACCAACCCGUUUGCUCGAAACGUGCCUCAGCAGCAGCAAGCUCCUCCGAUGCCCGCCAUGCCCGGCCAGCAGCAGCAACAAGCUAGUGCGCUCGCUCCUCAGCCGACCGGCGUCACCAAUCCCUUCCGUCAAGGCGAUUUCGUAAAUCACGCGACCGGCAUGGGCUGGCAGCACAACCAAACUCCUAUUGGCGGCGGUCUCGACCAAAUCCAGACUGUGCCCAUCUUUCCUCGCCCGGCGCAGCAAUCUCCUUGGCAGUAA